CUUCCACAUCGGCACUGGCUGGUUUACUCCCUCCGUGUCCCGAUCUUCGCUCUUCCGCAUGUCUGUCUGCACAGCAGCGAAGUAAUUACGGCUGUAACACUAUGGAAGAUGUUUCGGGGCAAGAAUCAUCGCCACACGCCUAUGUCCGCACAAGAGUCGCCAACGCUUGCGACAGCUGCAAGGCCCGUAAAGUCAAAUGCGAUGGCAAGUUGCCAUGCAGCUACUGCUUGAGACGGCAACGUCCUCUCACGUGUCGAUACUCUCCGCAACAGAGGCGAAGAGCUCCGGCGCCCCUUCUGAGAACGCCGUCUCCGUCUGUGCACAAUGGCCCAGAUAUUCAGUCCGAGACCCGGCAAUCAGUCACGUCACACGAGGCCCUCGCCGAAGAAGAGACAGAAGUCCCCCGAGAAGCACGUCUUUUGUGCGACGCUCAGGGGAAAAUAAUCUUCAUUGGAGAUUGUGCGCCGUUGUCAUUCUUCCAAACUGUCCGCCAAUUGGUGAACACACGCGUCGAUCCGCAAGUCUUUGCGCACCAGACCGAAAAUCCACCUUUUCGACCGCCGGUUCAUCAUUCCGGAAACGACGAGCCCACUCUCCAACUUACGACAAUAUCGGGUGCCGUUGUAAGGUACCAUGAAGUGACUAGUGGCCUUGUUGAUCUGUUUGGACAUGCGCAACUCGGCAACGAAAUCAAGUCUUGGGCUCGUCAGAACCAUAGACUACAAGACGCAGUAUCCGCCACUUUUUUCCUUGUUCUUGCCAUGGGCUACCAGUCUUCCGAGGAAGACCUUGCAUCUUCCUACUUUGAAUAUGCGCGCAAUAUCGCCCUUGCAAAUCUCAGUGGAAACAUCAAUGUCCCAACCAUUCAGACGUUCAUUCUAGUCACUGUCUAUAUGCUCGGUUCAUGCCAAAUGAAUGGGGCAUUCCUAUUCUUCGGCAUCGCAGUAAGAGCAGCCUACUCGAUUGGGAUCCACCGCACCGAGAUCAACUCUCGAUUUGGUGCAGACGUUCAUAGACAGCGGGAUCGCCUGUGGAAGAGCCUGCGUGUCUUGGAUCUCUUCUUAAGUACAUCGAUGGGCCGGCCACCUGCGACAUCUGACGUGGAUUGCACUGUACCCUACAGGGAGCUGGACGAUGAGGGACAAGAAAUCUUCGAUCUACUCAAUGCCUCAGCGCAAAUAUUCUUGAUCACUGAAGGCAUCGUCGUAGAGGUGUACUCGAGAAGGAAGGUUUCGUAUCAAUUGACCGAGGGUAUCUCACGACAGCUACGAGACUGGUCAAUUCGGUGGUUACAGAGGCUAAAGGACACUGUUUCCGACAUACGAUCUGACCAAGAGGCAAGCAAGGUGACAGGAGCAUGUCAGGUCCUUUGUUCCUACUACUACGCGGUAAUCUUGGUCUCACGACCUUUCCUAAUGUAUGAAUUGCACAAGCGACUAGCCGACGGGGUUACCGAGACACCAACAGCAACUUCAGGUCUGACCUCUGGCAAGUCGAAACUUGCUGAUGCGUGUAUCGAUGCCGCAAGCUUCAUGGUCGACAUUUUAGUCGGCCUAGUCGAGAAAGGGGUUUUAAUAGGGCACAUGCCUUUAGUUGUCUCUUGGUUAUUUGCUUCAUCUCUCAUCUUGGGCGUGGGUCUCCUCGGAUCCUUUGGCCGCAUUUUGGAAAAGUACACGCGAAAUUCCAUAUUGGUACUAGAACAUUUUGCGAAAACCGAUGCCCACGCCUCACAAUACUCACUCAUUGCAAAGUCAUUACUCAACGCUGCUCUUGAGUAUUUGGAAAAGAAGGAACUCAGAGAGCGUAUGCAGCGUACUGAAAGCUCCUCACAGCUUUUCGGGCUUGUUCCGCGAGAAAGCACUGAAAGCAUCCACAACAUCCAAGCUUCAGCUACUGAGGCUAGUCCGAAUACAAGCACGGAUCGAAGCCUCGUGUCGAGGACAAAUAACUCCGCCUCUGGUUUUCUUGGACUUGGUUCGCCAUCUUUUGUGGACGUGGACGCGUCCUUUUUAGGCCUUUCAUCCUCCUUACCCAGAACGCCGGAUUUAUCUAUGCUUGAUGGAAGAAACGAGAUGGAUCAUGGGUUUGGGGAUCUAAACUUGUUCCAACUCCUCGAUGGCGACGGACACAUUGAUCUUGGACCUUAUAUCUAAUGAGAAUUCUCAUUGGAAAGUUCUUCGAAGAUUUACUUGAGAUGUCGUACGGCGUUAGAAAUUUUGGUUCAAAGGCUGGGGCCAGAAGAAGAUUCAAAGCUUAUUCUUCAAAGGUUAUUAUUUCCUAUCGUUUUGUAGCGCUCUGAUUCAAAGUGACUCUUGCCAGUCUCACUGCCGUUUCAAGAAGAAGGCAAGACAGUUAUAAAUCUAGUUGGACCGAAUGAAGACUUGCACA